AUGCUGCAGCCCAUGGAGGAGAUGAUCCUGCCACCAAAACGACAAGCUGUAGUUGAUCGUCUAAGACGAAGGAUAGAAACGUAUCGACGACGCCAAUCAGAAUGUGUGCCGAGAUUUGAUCAAUCAUUUACUGGCGCAUGUGAACAGCAAAAUCUAGAAACUACUGCGCUUCAGAAACGCUUCCUCGAAGGCAAAGCCAAACGACAAGCAAAGAAAAGCGAUCGCAAGCCUGACUUGCCAGCCAUCAGUGGCAAUCUUCACAGCAGCGUCGUUCAUGUGCAACAAAAAUUUGGAUGCGGUGAUUAUGAACCACCUGCGAAACUUCAAUGUGGUGGAGGUGGUGGUGGGGGCGGAGUUGGGGGCGAGGCUCUCACAAAGUUCUCGGUGGAAAUCGUCCAGCAAUUGGAGUUCACCACAUCGGCGGCAGACUCGCAACCCCAGCAGAUUUCAACUAACGUCACGGUAAAGGCUCUUGCAAAUGCCGUCAAGACGUCUAGUUCUCCGCCCUUACCCCAGCCACCACCGCGCGUACCUACACCGCUAGAUUGCGAACGUGAAUGUAAAGCAGAAUGCAAAUCAGAAGUAGCUGAUGACGAUUUUGUCGGAUUGGACGAAUGCGCUGCGGCCCUUGAGCGUGAUGCGGCCUCCGCAUUCCCUGGUUUAGCCGAUCUAAUCGGCGAGGAUGAUGGCGACGACACGUUUGAAGAUCUUAUCACGGAGAUAUCGGAAUAUCCAGAGUUUAUGAAAGACUUUGAUAUCGAUGGUGGCAAACUUAAUGGUGGAGGAAUGGGUUUGGAGCCGCCAGAAGGGGAACCAGCUCCUCGACCAUACGGAGGUGGUGAAAUGUCUCCGGCUGCCCAGACACUGAAGCACAUGGCGGAGCAACACCAGCAAGCGACGGGUGGAGACUGGGCACGGUACCGUGGCUACGGCGGAUACCGGCCGCGGCCCGCUCCGCCAACUAUGGACCACUUGCACAUGUCGCAGCAGCAGCAACUGCAUCUUACUCAGCCGCACCACAAUCUACAGGUGUCGGCGGCACAACAUAUGCAAGUUAGCGGCGGAGGCGGCGGGGGACAUGUGUCCGUCGCAGCGCAGCAGGGCAUGUACGCCAGUUUCCACAACCAGGGAACGCCAUCACCACAACACCAUCAAGGUGGCGGGUGUGACACAUACUCGGUGUCCCAGUCGCAGAGCAUCAACUUCUCGCAGGCGAUGCGAGCGCGGCCGCAGGGCCCGCAACAACAGGGCUCGCAACAGGGCGGCCCACCACUCGGCGUGGCAGCGGCGGGAAUAUCGCGGGAGCAGCAAGCGAAGAUGUUGCAGCAACAGCAACAACAGAUGCUGCGCGCGCAGCAGCAACAGAUGAGGCCCCCGCCGCCCGAGUACAAGGCGCGGUUCGUGGGCCCCGGCGUGGGUCCCGGCGGGGGCCCGGCGCAGGGCUCGCUGGGCGUGCGGCGGCCGCCGGCCCCGCAGUCGCGGCCGUUCCCGCACCACGCGCGCCAGUACUCGCCCGAGUGGCGCCACGUGCUCAUGCAGCAGCAGGCCGCCUCCAGGCAACAGUUCCCGCACCACCACCAGGGAUUCAAUAUGGGCACAAUGGGUGGCAUGACACAGCAACAGCAGCAACAAAUGCAGCUGCAACAGGCGCGCUUGCAACAGCAACAGCUUAUGCAACAUCAGCAGCAACAGCGGGCGUCCAACCAACAACAGCCAAUGUCUCAUCUCAUUAUGCAACAGAACCAGAUGAUGAGCGUGCAAGGACAGAUGCCAAAUAUCCAUAUGAGCCAAUCUCAGAGCAUGUCUAUGCAACAAAGUGGCAUGGGCAUGGGUGGGCACCAGGGCAGCCCCAUGCAGAAUGGGCCGAUGCAAGGCCAGGGACCAAUGCACGCGCAGACCAACCCCACGCAGCAGAACUCCAUGAUGUCUCAGAAUAACCCCAUGCAGAGUCAGCACGGGAACGUGGCGCAGCAUUCGUUCCCCUCGCUCCACAACACGUCUUCCUUCACCGGACAAACCACAGACUUCAACCUUGACUUCCUCGACAACAUGCCUUCCACGGACGCCAGCAAUCUCACCGCGCAGGAGCUACUCAACUCCUUAGACAACUCCUUCUUAAACGACAUCCUUUAA